AUUAACUUGAGAAUCACGUGAUUGGUACAGUGUCACAUGAUAAGAAUGGGCUGGUUCGAACGGACAGUGAAGUUGGUUAUUUUAUUAUAUUUUGUGGAUAUCGCUUUGUGCCAACUAGAAUGGCCUGUGCCAUACAGGCGAUUCGAGUCACGACCAGCGUUCAAUUCAUACUGCCAGUCAGGAGUGGUACCAUUCUGUCCUACAGGCCGGGAACCAAAUACAAUGCCCAAGUUUGGUGACUCUGACAAGAUAGAGGUGUAUGCUCUCAAAGCCCCGGUUUUUGAGUUUAAACUUGGAGGCCUUCUAGGCAUGUUUGACAUCAUGCAUGAUGCUAUGGCAUUUAAGAACUUGAACACUGGAUUCAACUACACACUGGAGUGGUAUGAACUUGUUGAACUGUUCAACUGCACGUUUGCUCACGUGCUGCACAAUGACUCGUUGCUCUGGUGUAAUCAAGGGGCAGCAUGUAUAUAUGAUGGUGUAGAUGAUAAACACUGGACAGAACAUGGCACAUUGGUCAAAGUGGCAGAAAUUUCAGGUUCACUGUACAACAAGUUUGCAGAAUGGGUUCUCUAUGAUAAUGAUACGGCCAUUUAUUAUGAGACUUGGACUGUUUGGGAUAAACCAGGUGGUAAGCUGUAUUUUGAUUCUUUUGACUGUGCAAGUUUCAUCUUGAGGGCUUUUGAUGAACUGGGAAAACUUGGAACAAAGUUCGACCAAAGCGUGCAACUGAACUACACGCGCAUUAACCUGUAUUCCGAUGACCCGGUACUUCUUGGAAACUUUACAGAUAUCCAAGCAACCAAUGAAACACUUGCAGCAGAAAUUGUCAGUUUCUACAAGCAAUUCCAGUCUCAUCAACCUAUUGAGCAACUGAUUUCACAUCUAACAGCAGCAUAUGAGGAAAUAUUUAUCGAAAAUAAGUUUUUUUUCUUUUAUAAUUACGAGUACUGGUAUUUACCUCUGAAGCCUCCUCAUAUCAAACUGACAUAUUAUGAGGUACCAUUGCCUAAACCAAAUGUUACAGACACUUUGUAUUUUGAGAAGGAUUCAAACUGAGAAUUUUACCAGUGAUAACUUCUUUUUUAAAAAGUGUCUUUAUGUUUGGAAUAUUUUCUCCACUUCCAGGUUUGCAAAGUUCAAUAAAAGAAUACUGAAAUGUUA